AUGGCACACUGCUCAGUGUGCUCGUGGUUUCAUGUCGGAACACAUUUGGAGCGUGCUUGCGAGGACAAGCAGGGACAAUCGCGCUUCGUAGUGCGUCGAUCCUCCGUGCAAUCAGGAUUCAGGACUCUGGGUGGUACUCACUUGUGUUUGCAGAGGAACGCGCAUGCCUCCCCCCUGCAGGUCACCGGGCAGGCCACGCCCCCGGUGGAGAAGCCCCCGCAGGUCACGUCCAGUCGCAGGAACACCCCGCCGCUGGCCUCCAGCUACUGCAGCGCGCUGGUGGCCCGGCAGCACGCCCAGGACAACCUGAGGCACCGGCCGCUGCCCGACGUGCUGGACGACGCCACGUACCGCGCCCUCGAGGCACGCAGGCACGCGCGCCCCGGCCUGUCCCUGGACGUGACGCCCCAGGCGGCGGCCGUGGGCUGGCGGGGCCACGGGGCCGCGGGCCCCACGCAGUGCAGCAAGCUGCGCGUGUACCGCCCCAAGACCGCCGCCAGCUCCCACGGCCGUCCCGGCACGGACGUCAGUGUCGAGUCCCGACUCCCGCGCCGGGGCAACGUCUCGGAGAUGCAGCUGGCCAUCUGCUGGGACGUGAAGCCGCCCCCGGAGCAGGGCGAGCCCCGCCCCUCGCCCCACAUCGACGGUAGCAACGGGAGCGCUGCCCCGGCCGUGUUCACCCUGGUGCACCAGGCGCAGCCCGAGGAGCAGCCGCGCUGCGGGAAGCCCGGGGGCUGCUCCCCCGACCACAGCCUCCCCUCCAGGGGCUCCGCUGGCUCGGGCCCCAAGAGCGCCUGGGCGGACGAGCCGACACGGCACACGACCACCGACGGAAACAACAACCUCACCGAGGCCCAAGAGAGCGGCGGUCCCGACAUCCGAGAGAACGUGGCGAAUGCAACCGGGAGACACGGUUCGGGCAGCUCCCGGGGGCGGACGGGCAGUGCCGACGGAAGGAAGCGAGCGGCCACCGCCCGCAACUCCGCUCGUAACAGCGCCGACUCGGCAGAGUCAAAUGCGUCCCUGAACAAACAAAAGCACCACCGCAGUUCGCCCAACCUCGCGGGCGGCGGAGAGCGGCACGACCACUACGUCCCGGGCGAGGUGGCGUGCGCGGACAAGAAGAAACUCCUGCACGCUCGGCCGUGCAUCGCGUGCGAGCUGAAGGCGAGCGGCGGCCCGACGCAGGAGCGACCUCGCUCCGACUACAAGAUGGCGUUCAAAGCAGGUAAGCCCGGCAGCUCGAGCAGUAGCGGCAGUGGCCGGCCGCAGACCAGCAAAGUGCGCGUGCCCAAGCCGCGGGCGUUCCUCAAGCGCAACUACUCCAUUGACACGCUGGCGCCCCCUUUUUCCUUGUGGCCAGGCAACACCGGGCAGGACUAUCCCGAGCACUGGCGCCUGGCGUCUGUGUACCAGCACGCCUACAAGCCCCCGGAGGCGCGCAAGAAGCCGCUGCUGGCCAGCGUGUACCAGUGACUCCGCGAGGUUUGUGCCCUUGCCACCACGCUUGGCACGGACGUGCAGUAUCGCUACGUUCUCGCUUGUUUCACGUUUCUGUUUUAGCCCAGCACUUCCUGUAUCAUGCAUCUCGCACACUGCCAUGUUCAAGUAUGUACAUGCUGUACAUACGGCCAUACAACGCUUGAUAUACUCUCAGCUGCAAGCGUGCGUAUUUAAUUCUUAGUCUUGUCUGUUGUUCCCAAGUUGUUCCUUGAAGUUUCUUCAGCUAUUACCUCUUCUUCAAAGGGAGUCAUCAUUCUGUCAUGUGAGGUUGUGAGUAGUAAACAUAUAUCUGCAAAUUGUAAAGCGAGUUCAUCUACCUCACAUGCAUGCAGGAAUUUUUAAAAAUAUUUUUAUGCUAAACUUGCCUGUAGUGUUGUUUGCUUUUACAAAUAUUCUUUUGAACAUGGGUGUGCUGUACAUAUUCAGUUUAUAUUUUCAUAAUGAAGCCACAGUUGCUGUUAUCAUGAUGUAUUUUCCCAAAAAUGUGUGCUUUUGUGCUUUAGUCUUCAGUGUCCUUCCUCCCACGCGCUUCAAGGUCUCCACACAGCAUCAAAACCUGCAGAGUUCAACACUUAUUGUAUUGUACAGUUUGUUAAAAUGUUUCAUACUUAUUAUUCACUCCUUUGUAAAAAAUGUAAUAAAAACUUAAACUUCUGCUUAA